AUGCGCACGCGUGCCCUUCCCACAGACGAGCAAGAACACAUGCCAGAUGAAUUUAGCUCUUAUGAAAACCUUACCGAGCCAUUCAUGGUCACAAUGCGGCAACUAAGUGAUGAGGGCGGAAACGAUGUAAAAACCAUUUGGUGGUAUAUUGCGGUGUUGGACAAGGAUGUUCUUCCUUCUGGAGGGGGGGAGGAGCAGUUCGCGCCAGCAUUUUUGCCUCUUCAAGAGGCAUUAGAGAAGCUCAGUUUUCCCAACGACCGCAUGGUCCUUCAACGGGCAAUUAAUAUAGUCGAAGCCCAGUGA